UUGUAGACAUUCAGUUCAUCAUUUACUUUUCUAAAGUAAUAAUCCGCUCUCUGAUAAACUAUUUAAUGGUACUAGUUGCUGAAAUAUUUUUGAAAAAGUAUAUUGUAAAUAGCUAAGUUUCUCAUUGGAAUUCAGAAUUCAAAAUGUACAAAUUUGAAGAUAUAACAGUUGGUGAGAAUUAUGUGAUAAGAGAAGCAAGACGGAAAGAUUGUGUGCAAAUAAGAGAGAUGAUAAAGGAUCUAGCAAGAGUCUUGGGCGUGCCUGGGAACUAUCCAGAAUAUGAUGUUAAAACUUUGGAAAUAAACGGUUUUGACACCAAUCCUCCAGCUUUCAAAUGCUUAGUAGUCGAGUACAAAAAUAGAAAAACAAAUUUGAAUAACGGCUUCGAUAGCCAAAAUGAAAAUGACUGCACGCUUGUUGGAUAUGCCUUCUUUUUCUACACAUUCAGCUCAUUGAGCGGCAAGGAAAUGUUUCUUGAGGAUUUCUAUAUAAUGGAAGAGCACCAGGGUAAAGGACUUGGAACAAAGCUGUUUGACUCUGUAGUUGAGGUUGCAUUAAAUACCAACUGCUCAAAUAUGGCUUUCCUUGUGUAUGAUGGAAAUCCAGUGAAUAAUUUCUACAAAAGAAGAGGAGCCAUCAAUCAAACAAAAGAGGACAAGCUUCAUUACUGUCUAAUAGAAUAUGAACAAUUAAUCAAAUUACAACAAAAACGUGUGAUUAACGGAAAAACUAUUGUAGAAAAAUAAAAUAUUGUUGAAAUAAUU